GGACUCGACAUCAAUCCAACGACGCUGACCCCAAGAUUAUCUAUCGACGGAUCACUUUUUUAAAGAAAGAAGAAAGGCAGUGCCUUUGGAGAUCCGUGAUAUUGACAUCUGGAAACGACGAUAGCACAGACGAGCUAAUACGAACGAAUUUCUUAUUGUUAUUGUUAAAAAUCUAAUCGCCAAAUCCGACCAGAUAUUGGUCAUUGCAAAAGGCCAACGCUCUGGACAUCAGUGCCAUAUUGAAGGCAGCUGUAUAAUUCAUCAUGUACUCACAACAGGCUGCGAUGGCAGCAUCAGCACCACAGAAGCCCGAGACUUUCAUGCUCAGCACAGAGGCCCAGCAAGCUUUACCACACGAUGCGCAAGUAGCAUUGCAACAAGUAGAUAAUUUGAAAUAUUUCCUCAUAUCUGCCCCCGUGGACUGGCAGCCCGAUCAGUACAUUCGACGAUUCUUAUUGCCGACGGGCGAGUAUGUUUCUUGCGUGUUGUGGAACAACUUAUUCCACAUAUCGGGCACCGAUAUCGUACGAUGUCUUUCUUUUCGAUUCCAGGCCUUUGGUCGCCCUGUGAAGAACUCGAAGAAGUUUGAGGAGGGCAUUUUCUCUGACCUCCGUAAUCUCAAAUCCGGCACAGAUGCUUCUUUGGAAGAGCCCAAGAGCCCGUUCUUAGACUUUCUCUACAAGAACAACUGUAUUCGGACACAGAAGAAACAGAAGGUCUUUUAUUGGUAUAGCGUACCGCACGACCGUCUCUUCCUCGAUGCUCUGGAACGGGAUUUGAAGAGGGAGAAGAUGGGCCAGGAGGCUACCACUAUGGCUGUUAGCGAGCCCGCCCUGUCGUUCCAGUACGAUUCGUCGCAGUCUCUGUACGAGCAAUUGACCAAAGCUCAACAAGCAAACUCUUCGUCAUUCAACAACGCCCAACAAGUUUCUUUUUCUCAGUCACAGGCCCCAUCCCCGGUGAUGAGGGCCAUGGACCCUAUGCCUCCCCCGCAAAUGAUGCCUCAAACGAUGGCCCCUUUAGCGGAUGGGAUGGACGCCAUGGGACCAUACAACACGAUGGCAGCGAUGGCUCCGGCUAUGCCACAGCAUAUGCAACAGGCGAUCAAGAGGGAGCCUGAUUUCAACCGUGUCCAGUACAACCAGAAUGGUGUGCCAGUCGCUCAUAUUCAUCAUCGUCAUGCAUCGAUGCCACCAUUCGGUCUCGAAUACUCACCUGCGCCAUCGUUCGUCUACGAUGACUACAGCCACCGAGGAAUCUCGUACGAGCCAAUCACGCCCCCUCAGCAAGCCCUAGCCAUUGGGUCCGAACCCGCCUACAUCGCCAACGAGGAGACUGGAUUGUACACUGCAAUCCCAGAUCACAUGGGUGGUGUAAAUGGGUUGAACGGCAUGAUGCAGCUUCCACCUUCUAACCUAGCUGGACCUCAGUUUUCCCGUGGCUAUGGUACCAACAAUGUCUACUCUGUAAUCGAAGGCUCGCCGACAUAUAAACAGAGAAGACGGCGUUCAUCCAUUCCUCCUUCGAUGUCGGCAAUCGCCGCUGCUACGGCUCAGGCUCAAGCGGCUGCUCACCACCGACCUUCCGACUUGAGACGAUCCGUUUCUGCAUCUGUUGGUCCGGUCGCUGAAGGCGAUGAGUCGCAAGGCAACUCUCCUCCUGGCCUUUCCUACAGCAACUCGACCAUCUCCCUCGGCAACCAGCAGCACAUGGAAAUGUCGAGACAUGGCACCCCACUAUCGGCAGUGGAAGGUAGUCCUGCUCUGCAUCCCAUGUCUCUCCAGCGACAAGACUUCCCCUCCUUCACGAACGAGGACUUGAAUGGCGACGGCUCAAUGCACGAGCAUCGAGUAAUGCAGCCUGGCUCAAGCGUGGUCCGCAGAGCUCGCUCGGCCACAGUCAUGGAGCUUGGACCUUAUCCCCAGAAAUCCCAUUCAUGCCCGAUUCCCACGUGUGGCCGUCUCUUCAAGCGCCUCGAGCACCUGAAGCGGUAAGAUCAAAUACUUUCUUUUGUUGCUUGCGUGGUGCACCUUGUGUAUCUGACCGAAUAUAUCUAGACACGUGAGAACACAUACCCAAGAAAGACCCUACAUCUGCCCCUAUUGUAGCAAGGCGUUCUCUAGAUCCGACAACC